CGGUUGUGAAUCAUAAAGCUGGCAAGAAAAGGAGUUGUGUGCGUACGAAAAAACAAAGUGGUCGGUGAGUCCACGCUGCUGCUGUUGUGACCGGUGGGCGAAGACAGGCGCUUUCGGCGACGUAACGUAUUUCUUUGUGCGGUCCCUGCGUCGCCACACUGAUCCUUUCUUUUACUUUCUCUGGUAUAAAACUACGGCGUUCCGUCGAUGCUGGGAUCAUUUGACUGCACCGAGAGGCGCGCUUUGCAACAGUGCUACGUCGACGAAGCAAAGGCCACAGUAUCUGAAAAGCCGUAAGGAGGCGGCGAUGAAGGAAUCGGUGCUCUUCGCCGCUCUUCUUCUUCUGGGUACCGUUGCGGUCAGCGAGGCCAUCGAAUGUGUCGACCCGCAGCCCUUCAAGGGUAACUGGGUGACCAACGCGGAGAACCAGAAGCAGUGCGUGAUCCUGGUCAAGGAGAAGUGCACAGGCAUGAGCGAGGUCCCCACAGACAAGUGGCGUCGCGGCAAGCAAGUGCGGACCAACUGCGACAGCAUCCCGCGAUGGACGGCCAUCGGAUCCUUCAUGAAUGGCGACAAGUUCAAUGGACAUGCGGCCAUCUUCGAAUCCUGUGACACGGACGGCAUCUGGGUGUACGACCAAUGGGACGCAGCUCCGGUGGACCGCCGCAAGGUUCCCUACGGAGACUCUCGGCCUUACUACAACGGCGACAACUACUACAUGGUCGAGUUAUGAUGAACUAUCUUUCCUGAAUUCCCGUAAGGCAGUGUGCGAGAAACAGUGCUCUCAAGGAAUGUACAGAAUAAAGGUAUUACGUCUCAAGUUUCAAAGAUGUGCUGUGCUCAGCCAGGCAAUGUCAUGAUUAGGCAGUUUUACCCUCUUAUGAAUUGCUGAUUUAAAGGUCAGACGCAAAAGAAGCCGUGCAUCAGG